CCAAUUGUUGCCAAGCGCCUGCGAGGUGGAGCUUCUUUUUCUCGGCGCGACUCAUCCAAGUCAUCAUCCGACCAGCAGCGCGCAAGCAACGGGCACUGAGGACGCGGCAGACCCGCUUGGAAGGAAGCCAACACGGGGAGCGUUAAGCAUAGGAUUCUUUUAUUAUUAUUAUUAUUAUUAUUCAAUAAUUUCUGACCAUCUUUUUUUGGCGACGAUGAGCAUAAAGAUGAACGCGCUCCAUCAUCAUCAUCAUCAUCACCUUCUCCUCCUUCUCGCGGGGCUUUUUGCCGCCGCUGUGACGGCAAAGCCGGCCAGGCUGAAAUUCGUCGUGCACGAACCGUCUCGCUUCCACUUUGACAAGCCCGAGAAUUACAUUAGCAUGUAUCACCAAGAGGGCAGCGACACACUCUACGUGGGCGGCCAGGCUGUCAUCUACGUGCUCACUUUCAGCAACAGAGGCGUACGUGAUGUGCAGAUCCCGGCGCCGUCAGACCAGACAGCCAUCGACACCUGCAAGGCUAAGGCGGCGCCCCUCGAGCUGGAGUGCGACAACUUCAUCACGGUCAUUGAGAAAGUCAACGACACCUUCAUCGUGUGCGGGACAAAUGCUGGCAGUCCUCGCUGCUGGAUGCUGGUUAACGACACAGUGCUGACUGACAUCCAGGGUGUUGGGCAGAUUGGUUCGCCCGCCGACAUCUCCCCGCCGUACCCCUCGCAAAAGUCCAUCAGCCUGCCUGCAGAUGGGAGUCUGUAUUCAGCCAUGUCGGCGGUGGGCGGUCACGUCGGCUCCAUCCGCCGCACCUUUGGGCCCCAGAAGCUCCUGAAGACGGAGAACGUUUGGUUGCUGAACCCUCAGUUUGCUGGAGCCGCCAUCAUCCCGUCUACCCUCAAGUAUAAGGAGGAGAUCUAUUUCUUCUUCAGUGAGUUCAACAAGACCGCCCGAGUGGACGAGGAGCCAUACCGGGCCCGCAUUGGCCGUAUCUGCACGGUGGACGAGGGCGGGAUCAAGAACCUGCUGACCGACUCGUGGACCACCUUCAUGAAGGCGCGGGUCAUGUGCGGUGCCGGAAACACUCAGCAGCAGUACAACAGGAUGAAGCAGGCAGUGGUUCUGACCGCAGAGGACAAACGGGCUGGUGUCAUGUAUGGCCUCUUUUCCAACGCCUGGGGCAGAACUGUGAUCUGCGCCUACUCCAUUGAAGACAUCGACCAGGCCUUCUCCACGUCCAAGCUGAAAGGCUACAGCAACUCCUUCAUUGGAAAUCGACCCGGGAUGUGCGGUCGAAAGAAUUCUUCUGCAGCAAAUGACCUCAAAAACCUGGGCGUGAUCCGAUACCACCCGGAAAUCGAGGACGUGAUCCGGCCGGUGGGCGUCGCCCCGCUGGACCUGCCGAUGGACGACCAAAUCACACACACUGUUGCGGACAUCGUCCUGGCUGUCAACGACGAGCACUACAGUGUCCUUUAUCUCGGAACAGAACAGGGAAAAGUGCUUAAAGUUCUUCACAGCAGCAAUGGGGUGUUUAUCAUCUCCCAGUACUCCAUGUUCCGCAAUGAGGGGCCUGUCCUCAACAUGGCCAUCAACCCCCAAAAGGGUCACUUGUACGUUGCCACGGCGAUGGAGGUCCAACGGCUGCCGCUGGCCGACUGCGGUCGCUAUGGCGACACGUGCCGCGAGUGCAUCCUCUCCAGGGACCCGUAUUGCGGCUGGGACAAGGCAAGGAGGAGGUGCAUCGCCAUCCCGCCAGGAUAUAACGUCACGUCGGGGAUGCUCAUUCAGAAUCUGGACCAAUCCAACUCAUCGGUGUGCGGGGAGGCUGCUGCCCUCAAGCUGCGUCGCACCUCCCCCAGGCAAGUGUCGGUGCCAUCCAACACCUCCAUCUUCCUGCCCUGCCCGGUGCGUUCCUUCCACGCCACCUACCGCUGGGAAAAGGACAACUGUGUCAAGAACUACCCUUGCCUCUUCUCCGGCGACUUCUGCGUCCUGGGGCCGGCGGUGGACACGCCCCUGAGGGAAGGCGUCUUCCGCUGCAUGGCCACCGAGGACGGGUUCAAGGUGGAGGUCAUCUCGUUCAAGGUGGUCAGCCACGGCCGGCUGUUGGCCGCCUCGCCGGCCUCUACCGUGGGGCCGUCGCUGCUGCUCGCCAUGGCCGCCCUUUGGCUUCAUUAACCGCAGCUAGCGCUAACCACGUAUCCUUAAAUGACUCCCAGUUAGAGGAUAUGCGGGAGGUUUGGUUCACAAAUAAUUCCGGCGUGAGGUAUCGCUUCAGAUUGUGGUUCUCAACCCGGGGAAUAAUUUGCAAUAAAUUACGGCAUAUUGUAUUUCAUGACGUACAUCCAUGUGGAAAUCAAUGUGUCGAUAAAACAAACAUUACUGCUCCUUACCAUCGUUUUGGCCCAAAUAAAAAAAUGAGAAUAUAAUCCAAUACUUUUGUUUUUUCAGACUAUAGGGACCUUUUCCAGAAUUAAAUGAAUAAUAUUCCUGAAGUAAAAAUUUUAUCUUUUUGAAAUUUGCUUGUUAAAAUGUAAUAUCUUGGAAAAAUAUGUCUUGCUGGAAAUUUUCACAGAGACAAAAUGUCUCUCUCCUUGCAAAGAUCGAAACAUUUCUUUCUUGAAAAUCGAAAUUUAUUCUCAUACUAAUGCAACAUUUUUAUAUUAUUCCAACUUGUGUUUAGAUUUUUGGAUUAUUCUUGGGGAAAACUUUGUCCUUGUGUAACACACACACACACACAAAAUCCGACUGACGCGGCCUCCUAAACAUAUUUAUAAUUGCCAGUACAUAUUAAUUGUUUAAACUCCAAAUCUUAAAGCAUUACCCGAAAAAAAAAAAGAAAAAAAAAAGAUGACGAAGAUGCUCCGGUAACAACCCAGGCUAAACUUAGCUCCUGCACAACAAACAAAGAUCUUCUCAGUCGAGAUGGAUCACCUCACUGGAUUCGUUUAAAAAUAAUGACGACUUUGAAAUGAUCUGAAAUUGAUUUGGGAUUAUAGUUUAGGAUAAUAUUUACGGUUAAAGCAAUUAAUAUCCGCGGUUAUCAACCUUUUUGAUGUUUUUUUUUCAUUACGUGGGUUUUGAUCGUCAACCUGGGUGAACAUCGGGGAUCAGCGUGCAUUAGCACCAACGAUGAUGACGACUCUUUGUGAACCAUCCCUCCCGCACUGUAAAAGCUAAACAUAUCCAAUGGAGUUGAAAACAAAAAUCAAUACCAGGCCGAUUGUUAUGACGGUUUUUUUUUCUCGAUAUUUUGACUUAGAUUGUGCUUCGUUGUGGAUAUGUGAAGCUUUACUACUGCUCGUACAUCAGACAUCUUGCAUCACUUCUUGCAUCUCAUUGGUAGUUUUGGAAAAAAAAAAAAAAGGAAAAGUCUGGUAUUGAGAUUUUCAAAGCCUUAAUACUUCUGGGACAUCAACUCCUAAGCACAAUUUUGCAGUCCAAGCAAUUGCUGGGACUCGGGCAACAUCGCUGGGAGGAAGAAUCAUCUUUCUUUUGUUGUUGUUAGUUUUUGUUUUUUUGACAGGAAGUAACGAGGAUGAGUUAGAGCUCUUUGCCGACCACCACUGUGUCUCAGUACCUCCUCCUCAGAAAGGGGCGUUUUAGUUUUCUUUUGUUGUUUUUUUCUCGCAUCUUUUUAACAAGAUGCUUUCAGCCAUGACACCUUGUUCACAGCUUUGCCGUUUCUCUUCGGCCUUUUUUUAAAAAGGUCAACUACAUCGAGUGCAGCAACACCUUUGGAAAGUGAGCAGGACCAGAAAGGCUCAAAUUAAGACUGGCCUUAUAUUGGGCCUAACUUAACAGUCUUUGGUUAAGGUCAGCGUGUUUGGUGCGGACCGAACGCAAUUAGGUGGUCCUCGUAAAAGUAUGGAUGAUACUGACUCAAAGUCCAUUUUUCUGCUUUGACAAACCGUUGCAAAUCAACAUGUCUUGGCUUGUUUUCACAUUGGGCUGGGCGAUUUGGCCUGACAAUAAAAAUCUCUCAUUUGUUUUCCCACAAAACUUCGAUAUCUGCCGUUAAAUGACGUUUCCCCUUUUUUUCUUAAAGGGGAAGUCAAACCUUUUUUUUUUUACAAUAAUAUCUUCUAUGCAGCUCUACUAGUCGAAACACAGAAUUCAGAUUCAUAAUGUUUAUGAGUUAAGCAGUAAAAUUCACCGUUUUUUUUUUGUCCAUCUCAGGGGUCGGCCAUUUUGCUACAUGCUGUCGACUGAAAAUGACAUCACCGUUGUUCAGGGCUCAGGUGACGACCAAUCAUGGCUCAGGUUCAGAGAACAGGUGAACCUUGAUUGGUCGUUACCUGAGUGACUGUGAUGUCAAUUCCCCUUGACAGAGUGUGACAAAAUGGCCGCCACCAGAGGUGGACAAAAACAGGUGGAUUUUGCUGCUUAACUCCUAUUUCUCUGGAACCUAUUUUUUGUAAAGAAAUUUGGGUUGACUUCCCCUUUGCAAAAUCAAGAAUUUGAAAAGUAAUCACAAGGGGGCGGGGCCACCUUGGCUAUGCUUUUGUGAACUACUCCAUAAAUACUGUUGACUUGACUUGAAAAUCUUUGACUCGCCAAGCCACAUCAAACUAAGAACCACCUAAAUUGUGACCGAUGGAACGCAAAGACGUGAUCAAGGUGUCGCAAGACUCAUUUUAACGCAGACCUCGUCAAAAGGGCAACAUUUUUACCAGGAGAUUAAAACAAAAAAAAAGGCUUGUGUUUAGAUUUGUGAUGUUCUGUAUUUUAUUGCUGCCAGUGCUGAUUUCUACCAUUGCUGCCUCUUUAUGUGAACAUUUGUCUCGAUGCUUUGGGUCUUUUAAAUGCCAUAGUUGGAAUGUGAUAUGUAUCUGUUAGUUUUUCUUACCGAGUUUCAAAGCUGUGAUACAAACAAACUUGCUCGUCCCAAGACAGAAGCUUCACGUACGUUCGGCGGUAACCGGCUGACGAAGGGAAGCCCUAGUUUCGCGUUUAUCUUGGAAGAACAUAAAGUCUGUGACUGAAGAGUCGUGUAGUGGAUUAGAAAGUUCUCCAGAGUGCCGACAAAUUAUCCCGCAGUCGUGUCGGGCCAUCCGCUGCGGCCCGGUUGUCAUUAAUAGCUAAUUAGGAGCCGGCUCGCUGCGCUCUACAUCUAUUUGAGUUGACGAGCAGUGUGGAUUGAGACGACGACGUUUCCUUUCUCGCGCGCUGCUUGCGGAUCGGAUUAUUUGCGGUUUGACAACACUAAAAGCAUUUAAAAAUAGUCAGAAUAGGAAAAAUAUAUAUUUUUUAAUUCUGCAUUGAGCUUUCAUCAACAUUCUUGACUCUUGGUGCAUGUACAUGACAACCGUGUUCAUACAAUUAGCUACUGAAGAAAUGUUGCGUUGAAUUUCCUCAUUUUUUUUCUGACAAUUGCAUAAAAAAAUUAAAUUUCCUCUGGUUUCAGAUACAUUUUUAAGUAGAUGUAUAGUCUAGUUUACAAAAAUGCAUGACAUCCAGAUGAUUUCAUUUCAUGCUACCAUUUGAUGAAAUAAAAUUGAGUAAAUUCAGCAAAAAAAAAUUCUGUGUACAGACUUCAGAAGGGGGGGGGGUAGUCACCAGACAUGACUCGAGUCAAACCGAAAUAAUAAUAAUACAUCACAUUUGCAAGCACCUUUCAUAACACUCAAGGGCACUGUACAACCAAGAGCAAUAGUAAAACACUGAUAAAAUAAUAAACAAAGAAAGAAAGAUUUUAGGCGGGUAGGCAAGUGGGUUUUGAGCUCUGUUUUGAAUAUGGAAAGAGAGUCAAUAUUACGAAUUCCAGAGUUUGGGGGCAGAGCGACCUGAAGGCUCUGCACCCCAUCGUACUGAGACGGGCAGAGGGUAGAAAAAGGUGGAGGGAGGAUGAAGAAGAUGUGACAGAUAGUGGGGGCAAGGUUAUGGAUGGCUUUGAAUGUAUAGAGAAGUAAUUUGAAGUUGAUUCCAAGUUUAACAAGAAGCCAGUGGAGCUGUCGGAGGAUGGGGGUGAUAUGAUGGAAGGAGGGGGUUCUCGUGAUGAUCCGGGCUGCUGAAUUCUGAACAAGUUGAAGUUUAUGGAGGAAUUUAUGAUGGACACCGAAGAGGAGUGAGUUACAGUAGUCAAUACGGGAAGUGACGACACUGUGAACAAGGAUAGCGGUGGUGUGCGGAGUGAGUGAGGGACGGAGGCGGUUUAUAUUGCGAAGGUGGAAAUAAGCGGAGGGGGUAAUGUUAUUGAUGUGGGAGUGAAAGGAUAGUGAACUGUCAAGGAUGACACCCAGACUCUUCACCUGGGGGGGAAGGAGAUAUAGUGGCAUUAUCAAUUAUGAGGGAGAAACUGUCGGCUUUGUUUAGAGUGGAUUUGGUCCCGAAAGACAAGUGAAUUCAGAGAUCAUAGCUACAAAUGUGCGAAGGCCGAAUAGUACUGAAUUAUCGGAACCUAGCGUUAAGCUCUUUACAGCAUUUUCAGCGUUCAAGGUAUUUUUUUCGGUGGAGCUAAAAUGGAGCCCCCGGUAUGAGUUCCCCCUCACUCAUGAGAUGAGAGCUUGAACGGCUUUGUAAGUGGCUAAGCUGCACAAUUGCUAGUUACUGACCGAUAGUUAUUAUUUGUUACAUUUCUACCACUACGGCUAGCUAGCUAGCUAUGUCUACACGCCAAAAACGCAUCUUCUCUGCACACCACAAUUUACAGAACAGCUCGGAGUCAUGAUUUAAAUUGCCAAACAAAAAUGUGACGCUGCAGACGAGCCCUCCAGCUAAAACAUGUAGGCAGAGAUGUGUGGGCCACAUUAACCUCGCAGUUUGGCUAAUAGCUAGCUAGUCCAACAUGAAGUAGACUUCAUCUUGGUUAGACAGUACAAAGACUGGCCUGGGAGUUCGUUUUUAAAAAAAAAAGAUGCAAUGAUGAAUGUUUUCUUAACAGAUAACUCACAAGUACAGGUACUGACUGACCCAAGACAUGACUUGACUCAUCGGAAUUUGACUGGAUUCUUGCCACAGUAACUUAAGACCUGCUUAAAACACCAAGGUUAAGAUUCAAGAGUUACUUAAGACUUGCCCGGACUGGAUGGAACUUGGUUUUCACUUCGACCGCUAUGGUAUCACCCGUGUCACGUUUCGAGCUGUCGACUAACUUCACGUACAAAAGCGAAGCAUUUUGAUACAAGCUCGUUGAUACGAAGCCUCGGGUCUCCUUCGAGGCAUAUCGCAACCGAACAACCAGGACGUCGUCGCGUCAGGACCCGCCUGUGGUUUAAAUGCAAACUUUCAGUCAACAAACUGAAAGGAUCCACCACACUAUCCACCUGUUGCUUUGGUUACUGCUGGCAGUCUGCAUUUGAAUCAGAUUCCAAGCAUGUGAAGCGUGUCUUUAAAUGGCCGCCUGAGUGGAACUUGUCGGCCGCUGACCCACCAUCUUUUGUCACGUGGCCUUCAGGGACGUGUUUAUUGUGAACGAGGUGGCUCGCUGUCGUGUUGCUCUGAGGUCUCAAGUGAUGUACAUGAAAUGUGCCCGCUGUCAUUGUGUCUUUUUUUUUUGGUUAAAUUCUUUCUACGGUACUUAUAAUUAAUCAUGAUAUAAUAAAAAUGCUGUUAUUUUUAAAAAGGUCAUAUCUGGUGCAAUAGAUAUUCAUGUAACAAAUCCUUAUUGACAUGUGAUAACCAAUAAAAUGUGACGACAAAACAAA